AUGCCCCCAAAGAAGAGAUCAAAAGUAUAUCAAAGAACCUUUAUAGGUUGUUGGACUUGUCGACGCAGGAAGAUCAAAUGUGAUGCUACAAGACCUCAUUGCUUACGUUGUGCUAAAUCUAAGCUGGAAUGUGAAGGUUAUGAUGUUAAAUUGAAUUGGAGUACUCCCCUAGUGGUUAAAAAUGGUGAAAUGAUAUUUAAUGAUGAUGAAAAUGAAUUAGAUGAACCGCCCGUGACGUUCCAAAGAUCAAACAUUGCUCUAUGUAAAUGGAAUAUAUACAAUUAUUAUGAAGAUAUAGAUGAUGAUUUGGAGAAUUUGGAAAGUUUAGAAAACAAUGCUAAGAUUGGUCCCUUCACUGUCUUUAGAUAUAAAUCUAUUAGUCAAUCAUCAAGUCCAAUAUUAAUACAAUCAAUACCUCAAAGCAGAUCAACAAGUUUCAUACCCACUACGUCUCCAAUAAGGUCUAAAACACCAACAAGAAUACCUACACGUCAACAACAGCAUCAUCUAAUACAUCAAUCUUUAAUAAAGUUUGCCAAAAUAUCAAUUAUAGCCAAGGGUCUAGAUGAAUCAACUCCAUUAUUAUUCCCACUGCCCUCAAUUGCAUCAACUUCAAUCAAUAUAGAUCCAAAUAGAGUCUUACAACCUUUGAUUAAAAACAUUGAUAACUCAAUAAUGAUUACAAGUUAUUUCAAACUUUCAAUAAACCAUUUCAUGACUUUAAUACCUCAAAUUUUUCACAACAAAAAACCUGAUUUCAUAAACUAUAUUCAAUCCACCAUUCAAACUUCAUUGGGCCAAUUCAUUCUUCAUAAUAAUGAUCAAGAUUUACAAUUAUUAUUAAAUGUUACAACUGUUUCAUUAUUACACAAGUUGGAUCUGAAUAAUUUAUCAUCAUUAACUGAAAUCACCCAAUUGUUUAAAAUGACAUCACAUUUACCAAUCACAACAAAUUCUGAUUUAACUACAUUAUCACUAAUUUUACAAAUCAUGAUUGCCACAACUUUAGGGAUAUAUAACCCACUGUUCUUCAAACAAUCACCAAUAUUACAAUCACCAAUCUCUUCAAUUUAUAAAUAUUUAAAACUAUCAAACAUCUUGUUAAACCCUUCACAAUUUGAAAUGGAUCCCAAGUAUUCCAAAAUUUAUGAAGAUUUAAACCAAAGUUAUAACCUAUUGAAAAAUAUCAAAACAAAACCCAAACAAAAAGAUUUGAAAAACGGAUAUGGUAUGAUCUUAAUCCAAUCAAAAGAAACACCAAGGGAUCAAAUCAUUAAAGUGCCCAAAUAUAUCGAUGAUGAUGAUGAAGGUCCUCCUCCUCCAAGUUUUGUCGUGAAUUUUAGUCAUGCAGAGGAUGAAUCAAGUGAAGAUGAUGAUGAAUCUAGUGAAGAAUCCUUGGAUGAUGAUCAUCACCAACAAUCAAUGACAUUAUUUAAUCUUGAUGAUGUUCCUGAUUUAUUAAAAGAAUCUUCAUUCGGUGUUUCAAAUUGUUUGAUCUUCAUAUUUGAAGAAUUGGUUAAAUUGAUUAAUCAUAAGAGAAUUUUCAAUUUUUUGAAAAUUACAAGUCGAAAUUUCCCUAAAGUUUGUGCAGAUUUUGAAGAUAUCUUACACAAGUCAAAUGAUUUAAUCAUUGAUUCGAAAUGCCAUAAUGAUCUAAAGUUUUAUAAUUGUUUGGUUUUGUUAUAUUAUAAGUUGGUUAUGAAUUAUCCUUCACAUUUAUUAAAUUAUCAUUUUAAUGCCCUAAAAAAUAUUAACCCUGAUGUUGAUUUAGGUUUGAUUUGGUUUGUUAAGCAUGCAUUAGAUGGUCACAGUUCAAAGAAUGUUGAAUUGGGACAAUUUGAUAAAGUUUGGUUAAAUAAUUGGGAAUCAAAACAAUUGAUAUAUGAAUUAAAAUUGAAAAAUAAUAAUGGUGAUUGGGCCAAUUUAAUGAAUUUAGAAAAAUUUAAUGAUUUUUUUGUAUUAUAA